CCGCGCAAAAACAACCGUUUCGUUUCUCCUCCUUUUACGUUUUCCUUCUCCAUCCGGCUCCAUCCCGCAUGUCGUGAUCGCCGCGGACGGCCAUGAGGAGGGGUACUGGCUCUUUCUGCGAGUUCUCCACCCAAACAGACGCGUGUGUUUAGGUAUAUAGGGCGCCCGUAGGAUGAGGAUGCCAGAGGACGAGGCUGAGCGGUGAAGACACGCGCAGGGCUGAUGCUUGAUCCCAUCAAACGGAUUAAGUUCGGCACAAGAUGGGCCGAAAGGUCCGUUAAGAGAAACGUGCGUAGCUACAACGGCUGAGAUUCCAGCGAGACGAAGACGAAAGGCAGAGAGGAACAGAGCAGCAGCAGCAGCCCUGCGCCGCGCCGCACAGCCCCCUGUUAGCCAGAUCCAGUCUCCAGACUCUAUUUCCGAACGCAGUCCUGCGCACCUGACCGCCACACCGAGCCUCUAUCAGUGGAUUAUUUAUCAGGGCUCUCCCAUAAACAGCCAGCAGCUCCGUGCACCAUUCUGGCAAGGCUCCAUUUAUUUAUUUCAUUGUGCCGCGGUUGUGGAGGGGAAUAUAGCUACUGUUCGAGGCUCGCGCUGGCUUUAUGGAAAACCCGGAGACAUGACAUGCACACGAAAAAAGAGGAAACGAUAUUUCUCGCUUUCUGAAACCCGUGUGCACGACGUGAAAUCGAUCUUGGAUUACCGGUUGGAUUCAUGUUGGAUCCACUGUGUGAGGUGUGUCGGUGCCAAAAGACACAUUUCCCCUCCUUUUCUGUGUUUUCGUGGCUUGCUAACUGCAACAAGCUCCCGUUCAGGCCCACAGCCGAAGCCAAAGCCAUUGUCUCGGAUGAAGGCUUGAGGAUUCCAGGUGUAAGAGGAGGAGACAAAAGGAAGCAGUUUUGAAAAGUAGCUCCAACGAGAACUGCAAAAUGGGGCAAUGCAGAACCAGCUUCUCCUGCUCUAUGUGAGACAACAACAAGAGGCAACCACGAAGACGAAAGACAGCUCAGCCGGAGGAGGCGGAGGAGGAGGAGGGGGAGGAGGUGAUAGAAAAGGAGGUGUUUGUUCCAAAGGAGAGGAAGAAGCUCUGCAGUCAGAGCAGAAAGAGGGAUGGCCAACGGAAACGAGAGCAGUGAUGGGCCCAGUAACCCCCUGGCAGCAGUUGUGGCUACCACAGGUGGAAUGGUGGGUGGAGGGCCUUCAUCGGCUGUGUCCACUUAUGUUAAGCUUGUCCUUCUAGGGCUGAUCAUAUGCAUCAGCCUUGUGGGCAACUUAGUGGUCUCUCUGCUAGUGUUAAGGGACAGGGCCCUACACAAGGCCCCAUACUAUUUCCUGUUGGACCUCUGCCUGGCUGACACCAUUCGAUCAGCAGUCUGCUUCCCCUUUGUAUUAGUGUCCAUCAAGAAUGGCUCAGCCUGGACCUACAGUGUACUCAGCUGCAAGGUGGUGGCUUUCAUGGCUGUGCUCUUCUGCUUCCAUGCCGCCUUCAUGCUGUUCUGCAUUAGCGUCACACGGUACAUGGCCAUUGCACAUCACAGGUUCUACUCUAAGCGCAUGACCUUCUGGACCUGUGUUGCUGUGGUGUGUAUGGUCUGGACACUGUCAGUUGCUAUGGCUUUCCCGCCUGUCUUUGAUGUAGGUACCUACAAGUUCAUUCGUGAAGAAGACCAGUGCAUUUUCGAGCAUCGCUACUUCAAGGCCAAUGACACACUGGGCUUCAUGCUUAUGCUGGCUGUGCUGAUCCUGGCCACUCACGUGGUCUACAUGAAGCUCUUGCUCUUUGAGUACAAACACCGCAAGAUGAAGCCCGUCCAGAUGGUUCCAGCCAUCAGCCAAAACUGGACCUUUCAUGGGCCUGGAGCCACUGGCCAGGCGGCCGCCAACUGGAUUGCAGGAUUCGGACGGGGCCCAAUGCCACCUACCCUGUUGGGCAUCAGGCAGAACUUGCACAACCAGAACCGACGGCUGCUUGGCAUGGAGGAAUUCAAGGCAGAGAAGCAGCUUGGCAGGAUGUUUUACGUGAUCACCUUGUUUUUUCUGGUGCUGUGGUCACCAUACAUUGUGGCCUGUUACUGGCGGGUCUUUGUGAAGGCAUGCACCAUCCCACACCGAUACCUCUCCACUACGGUGUGGAUGAGUUUUGCCCAGGCAGGGGUAAACCCCAUUAUCUGCUUUUUCCUUAACAAGGACCUGAAGAAGGGUCUGCUGGCCCACCUGCCUCCCUGUUGUAGAACUAAACCUCAACUACCCCGUGAGCCUUACUGUGUCAUGUAAAGACAAAUGUUCAUUCGUUUUUUUUCUUUACUAUUCUUUCUCUUGUUGUGGGUGACAACUAAACAGUAAGAAAUGUUUAAAUGUAUUUGAUGAUGAAGGCAUGAGGGACAUUUUUUGUUACUGUGGCCUUUGACGCAGUGCGUGAUGCUUUAAAAUGGUGCGUAUCAUGGAAAAAAAGCAUCUGCUGUCACCUAAAUGUUCUAUCUUCUUUUUUCUUGCUGAUUUUUAAGGGAAAGGUUUCUGGGCAAAAAUGUGAAUCACUAAAUUAUAUAUAAACAGUCCUGAGUGCUGUUUACCACAAGCAUGAGGGUGCUAUCAUUCUUAAAAACAGGGGUAUAAUUAUAAUGAAAAAAACAACUGUUUUCAUACCAAACCAAUUAUUUUAAGUGACCAAUUGUAUGAGGACUGAAUCACAAAGGGCCAAAUGUGAUUGAUUCUGUAAAAAUAAACACCUCUCUUUAUCUAAUGGCAUCACAUGUAAACUAUCAAACCCUUUAAUUGAGCCUGAAGACUAUUAUUCAGCCAGAAAUAUAUAUUAGAUAUCAAAACAUUGUUAAUAAACAGCAGAAAUCUACACUCUUUGCACAGCAUUAUUUUAAGGACCAAUUACUAAAGUGCAAAUUUUGCAGAAAUCAAAAACUAUUUUGUGCAUGCAUGUAUUAUGUUUAAGGAGAAAAUGAUGUAUGCAGUCUCCAUGUAAAGUUAAUGCUGAGAGCUUAAAUUGGCCAAAACUGGUACAUUUAUGUUAAUCUUUGGAGUGUCCAAUUAGAAUAAAUAAUAGAAAAUAGGCAACUCCGAUUCUCUUAGACAUUACAGAUUAAAGAACAAGGAAUGGUGUUUUUUGUCUGCUACAUGCACCAAAGACAUCAUUGAUCUGAAGGAAGUAGUUGAAGCUAUGUCAGAUUCAGUGCAUAAUCACAUUUGGCUC